AUGUUGUCAGUGGGAAUUAUCCGCAGCUAUGGUUUUUUCUGUCAGCCUGUCAACUAUGAUGACACUGCCAUUGGUAUUCGGGAGGCCAACGCAGCGUGGUGGUACUUUUUCUCCAAGGUCAUUGAGUUGUUGGACACGACAUUUUUCAUCCUGCGUAAGAAGAAUCGCCAGGUGACGUUCCUUCACGUCUACCACCACAGUACCAUGAUGGUCAUCUGUUGGUACGUGGCCAAGUACGUGCCGGGCGGAGAAAAGUUCUACAACGGCGGCUUCAACUGUCUGGUGCACGUGUUCAUGUACACUUACUACGGGCUGGCGGCCAUGGGGCCGGGCAUUCAGAAAUACCUCUGGUGGAAACGUUACCUCACCGAAUUCCAGUUGAUUCAGUUCCUGUUUGUGAACAUACGCUGCAUCGGAUCCUUCUUCAACGGACCGUGCGAGUACCCGCGGUGGAUCAACAUUGUAGCGUUAUUCUACUCAAGCUCUCUGCUCCUUCUCUUCCUCAACUUCUACCUCAAGUCCUACAAGGCAAAGCCCUUCGCUCUCAACGGAAAAGACAAAGUCAACGGAUCGGCAAACGGAGGAAAAAACGGGCUCGUAGAAGAUAUAAAGAAAGGAAACUAAGGCUCACUGAACUGAAAUCGCAUUAGUCUUUUUAAAAAAAUAAUUUUUGUUAUCGU